GGGGCUUCCGCCUUCUCCACAAAAGUCGCGCGCCGCGGACCGCGGGCGACGCGGGUGGUACUGCUCCCUAACCGGCGGCUAUGGCGUCGUUCACCGUGAAGGCCUACCUUCUGGGCAAGGAGGACGCGGCGCGCGAGAUCCGCCGCUUCAGCUUCUGCUUCAGCCCAGAGCCUGAGGCGGAAGCGGAGGCCGCAGCUGGCCCCAGGCCCUGCGAGCGUCUACUGAGCCGGGUGGCUGCCCUGUUCCCCGCGCUGCGGCCCGGCGGCUUUCAGGCGCAUUACCGCGAUGAGGACGGGGACUUGGUUGCCUUUUCCAGUGAUGAGGAACUGACAAUGGCCAUGUCCUACGUGAAGGAUGACAUCUUUCGAAUCUAUAUUAAAGAGAAGAAGGAGUGCCGGCGGGACCAUCGCCCCCCAUGUGCUCAGGAGGCACCCCGCAACAUGGUGCACCCCAAUGUAAUCUGCGAUGGUUGCAACGGGCCGGUGGUGGGAACACGCUACAAGUGCAGUGUCUGCCCCAACUAUGACCUGUGUGGUGUCUGUGAGGGGAAGGGCCUGCACAGGGGGCACAGCAAGCUUGUGUUUCCCAGUCCCUCUGGGUACCUCUCCGAGGCCUUCUCUCAUAGCCGCUGGCUCCGGAAGCUGAAACAUGGGCACUUUGGGUGGCCAGGCUGGGAGAUGGGCCCACCAGGGAACUGGAGUCCGCGUCCUCCUCGAGCAGGGGAUGCCCACUCCAGCCCCACAGCAGAAUCAGCUUCCGGUCCAUCAGAGGAUCCCAGUGUGAAUUUCCUGAAGAAUGUGGGGGAGAGCGUGGCAGCUGCCCUCAGCCCUCUGGGCAUCGAAGUUGAUAUUGAUGUGGAACAUGGAGGGAAAAGAAGCCGCCUGAUGCCUGUUUCUACUGAGAGUUCCAGCACAGAAGAGAAGAGUAGCUCUCAGCCAAGCAGCUGCUCUUCUGACCCCAGCAAGCCAGAAGGGAACGUUGAAGGCCCCGAGCAGUCUCUGACAGAGCAAAUGAAAAAGAUCGCCCUGGAGUCCGUGGGGCAGCCUGAGGAACAGAUGGAAUCUGAUAACUGUUCCGGAGGAGAUGAUGACUGGACCCAUUUGUCUUCAAAAGAAGUGGACCCAUCAACAGGUGAACUCCAGUCUUUACAGAUGCCAGACUCAGAAGGGCCAAGCUCUUUGGACCCUUCUCAGGAAGGACCCACAGGGCUGAAGGAAGCUGCCCUGUACCCACAUCUUCCACCAGAGGCUGACCCAAGGCUGAUCGAGUCCCUGUCCCAGAUGCUGUCAAUGGGGUUCUCUGAUGAAGGCGGCUGGCUCACCAGGCUUCUCCAGACCAAGAAUUAUGACAUUGGGGCUGCUCUGGACACCAUCCAGUAUUCAAAGCACCCACCACCAUUGUGACCACCUCUGCCCAUCUCUGUGUCCUCCUUGUUUGUCUCGUAGUUGUGUUGAGCUAGUGUAGGAUGCAGGCCUGUG